UUUUUUUUCCGUUUCGGGAGUUCGGGAAAUUCUCAAUCAAAGCCGCAAGGCGAAUCAGCCUAAUGGAUUUGGAGCUUUUUUCUCCUCUUUAGCCAUGCGCACGUCACUGCCCGACGUGCGGGCGCUGUAAUAGCGCAGAUCCGCUGUUUCGCGCGCGGAAUAAAAUAAAAAGCGAAGCCGCAGCGCCGAAACACAAAGUGCCUACGCGAGCAGGAAAGCCACUCGAAAGAUAAACGAAUGAAAUAAAAUGCAGGAAAGGCUGCAGCAGCAGCGCUAAUUAAGCCGCCGCCGCCGCCGCCGCGCAGGAAGAUCGAAUGAGAGCUGCUCUCUGCAUGAAUCUUUCAUCAAGAGAAUAUCCUUUUCGCGGUGGAAGCUCGACCCCCUCCCACUCGAACGAGAGCGCGCAUACAGAGAGAGAGAGAGAGAGAGAGAGAGAGAGAGCCGCAAGCAGUGUCAAUAUCAUUUUUCAUUCGUCCGGGAUUUUUUCCGCUCCUCGCGGAGAUAAAUGACUCUCCCUUUUAUCAUUCGCAUAAUGCCAUUAUGUGCAGGCAGGCCGUUUUCGAGAUGUUUGAUUAAACAUGCAGCGGAGAGCGCGCGCGCCAGUCAUCCCCAUUGUUUCUUUAAAUUAACGCGCGGCUUUGCAGCCUGCCCGAGCGCACAAGAGGGAAUAAAUUUUUCACAAAGAGCGCGCGCGCGCGCGCGCGGCGCAAUUAGCGUAACCCAUAUUUGCCUCGCACAGCCGCGCGUGUGCAGUCAUCGAACAAUACGUGCGGGAGCUGUCGUGAUUUUUUACGAGCCGCGCUGAAUAUUGCACAAGUAAUGGCGCAGUUUUCGCCUCAGGAUUAGAUUCGCGACAAUUAUUAAAAUCGAACACGUUAAUUCCCUUUGUUUCCGGCAGGCCGGCUCAGCCUCCUUAUUUACCCCCGCAGCGGCCUUUUUCGCUCUCCCUCUCUGCCCGCUUGUAUAAUACACGAGGCGGACUCAAAGGGAAUACGCGAGCGUCGCGCGGAAUAAUCCGGCGCACAUACGCGCAAUUAUCAGCGCCAUAAGGAGGAAUCAAUUAUGCGCGCGUUAUAUGUCCGACUUAGGAGGCCGCGCGUUACGCAUUCACGAGACCUGCCGGAAAAAUGAUUAAAAGCAAACACGCGGGAGAUGCUGCGAGUCGCGCUCUCGGAAGGAGUCGAAGCCAAUACUCGGGAGAUCGCUCGCGAUUGACAGAUGUUGUUUGCCCACAACCCUUCAGCGGCUUCCCCUCGAUGCGCCGCCCGUCCCUCCGGGGCGGUUCGCCAGCGCGAUCGGAUUGAUAAAUUUCAGCCCUGCGACUUUGGGCCGCCGGCUUCUCGGGAAAAGCUCGCGAAUUUGCGCUUAAUUAGCGCUCGAAAAAGUACGCGCGAGAGUGAAAUUAGCGGUUCUCGGAAAUCCACUUGGUUAUAACGCGAGGCGGCCUUGGCGGUGCAGGACAGCGCUCGGGCGAUCAAAAAGUACUAGCUUCCGGUAUCCGCGCAGCGAGCUACAGCGCGAAGCUGCAGCGAACUACAGACCGUAUAAUCCUCGCAGUGAAACCGUUCGUACAUAAUCCGCUAUUUGCCGAGAGACUCUCUCUCACUGCCUGUCUAUAGCUAUAGGGAUACGCGUGCAGCAGCGGCGGCGGCGGCGGCGGCCCACAGAGAGAGAGAGAGAGGAAACGGUUGCAGGCAGAUAGAGAGCGCCAUUAAUUGGGAUUAAGUAAAUCAAGACGCUAAUUAGCUCGUCCGCUCGCUCGCUUUCUCUCGCUCGGAACUUUAGCCCUCGCUUUACCUUCAUUUAAUUUUGCCCACCAAUUUGCUCCGGCUUCUGCACACAGCUACCCCCUCUGCGAGUCGCUCUCUGAUACGCUGCUCUCCGGACGGAUGUGCGAGGGAGGUUCAUUAUUUUUCCAGCGGCGGCCUCCGCUUUGUUUUCCGGUUUUUGCGCGCGGCGGCCACGUUUUAAUGCACUUACGCGACGAUUUUUCGAUCUCGCGCGAGCCUCGCGGCUAACGAGUUCUCGGCGCGCGGAGCGAGAAGAAGCCGCGGGACGCGUGUCGCGCGAGUAAUUUUUCAUCGGAAAAUAGCGAUCGUAAUUGGGAAAAAGCGGCGGCAAGCAGCGGCUUCGGUUUAAUGCUGCGCGGCUCGAGUCGAGACAAGCUAAGCAAACACUUUUCGCGAUAUUACGCGAGGGAGGGAAAAUAUCUCGAGGGUUUUCAUAUCCGAGAGACUGCGCGGCGGCCCCCUUUUAUUCCAACAGCGAUUCAAUCACUACUCCACCGGCGGCAGCGGCUUUUUCUUUUCUCUCUCUCUCUCUCUCUCAUUCUGUGUAUCGAGUCGAGUGGCUGGUAAUUUCCCGCGGCCCGAGAGUGAAUUUCAACUGGGUUAGAACUUGAUUUCGGACCGAGCGCCGAUUCUUUAUCUUCCGGGCCGUCUCGCUGAAUAAUUCGACAACGCCGAGUCGGAAAUUAAACAAUGGCCCGGGCGAAGACAAUCCGCGGAGGCAUCGGCGUCAGCGAGCACGCGAGCCUCCGGAUUCGGCGGGUUUUACACAACGGAAAGCGGCGCAAAGGGAUUGCCUUGAAGCGCGGGCGCGCGUACACGGAGAGGAGUGUAAAAGCGGCGGGAGGAGUCUCCGGGGAAAUGUGCGUAAUCGCCUAUCCUCCUAUUCCGCGGCGUCGCUUUCUCACGAUCGUUUGUUUGUUAUUGGCUCUCUCCUGCUGUCAGGCUCCCUCGGAUUUCGUUCCUCCUCCCUUGGCCACCCAUGCACACCUAUAUAGCUACGCGCGCGACAAAUUAUGCGCAAGCGUCCGCUACGUAAUCGGCUAAUCCGACGCCGCGCGCGUCCAUUGAUUUCCUCGUCGCUCUCAGAGAGACAGAGCGCGCACGAUCUGUAAACGAGCCGAUAUUUGCCAGCGCCUUGCUAUACCUCUCCCUCUCGCUGUUUCGUAAUUAUCCUAGCUUAUUUCGCCAGGCUGUGUACACUCGGCGUUAAGGCUCCGCCAGCUGCUGACUGCGCCGCUAUGCCGUUUGUUUGCUCGAUGCGGAUUAUGCGCGCGCGAUUCGUGCGUUCGAGAUUUUUUUCCGAGCUGCCGCUUUUUUCCGCGAGCCCCGCUGAUUCGCCGGGAUUAUCGAAUGUAAAUUCGCGCGCGGCCCGCUAAUUAGAAUAUACGCGCCAGGAGCUGAGCGGCCUCCUUUUUUUCGCCCUUUUAUUUAUUUAAUUUAUUGAUGAGCCAAUUAUCUCCCCCCCCCCCUCUCGCUCACCUGCGCCAGUGGAAAAGGUCGCGAUUCGCUCAGACGCGUCCAAUUAAACCGCAGCGAAAAAGCAGCGAAAAAACGCGCGCCUACCGCCAAGAAGCCGCCGAAAAUUAAAACCGUCGCUCGCAUAUUUGCAGGAGGUGCUGCUCGAUUGGCCCGGGGCUGUGCGGGUAAACAGCGUAAUUUGAUGAGAUGCCGCAGCGAAAAAGGCGGCCGCGCGGAAAAGCGCUCCCUCCUUUGAGAUGCGGAGAUCAGAGUGUAUACCAGCUCUCUCGCGCGCGCUGCACGAGUGGAUUCUCGACUCUCGAGUGCGCGCGCGCCCCGAAAAACGAUAGCCAUUUCCGAGCCUCGAGUUAUUUUAAAACCGAGGCGGCUCGCGGCGCCUAUAAUGAAAUGCGCCUGCAUCUUUCAUGCCGCUCGCUCGCUAAUAGCAACUGCCAAUGCAUAAAGUAGUGCGAAAGUAAUGGCCCAUCCCGCUCUAGUCGCGCACAAUGUCGAAGAAGAAAUCACGAGUAGUCUCGAGCUAAUCGCGAAACCCGAGGGACCGCGCAUAGAUGCAGCUCUCGCGAAUUGUGCAGUCUCUCUAUCUCCCUCGAUCGGCGAUUGUCGGCGGAAACGGCGCGAAGAGAAGAAGCGCUCUCAUACACGUGCGGCGCAAGCGUCAGCCAAUCUGCUGGCUCGAGGGGCGGUUCUCGCGCGGGGGUGACCGCGGAGGAUGAAUGGAGGGGCGCGCGCGGGCUCGCUGCGAGGAGCCGCGACUUCUGGCGUUCAAAUCACGACCGCGAACGCGACGCGACGGUCCUGCCAGCGAGUUUCCCGCGAAUUCGCAGCCCUCGGCGAUGCGUCGAUAGAGACUCGCCGGACCACCUCCGAGGACAGUGCGCUUCCGGGAUAUUUCACAGCGCAGAAGAGGAUGUACAGCAUUUACCGAGCCUGGUUCGGGGGAGAGGACUACCCCCGGCUGGAGGCGCUCUCGCCUCCGGACACGCUGGUGCGGGUGGGCAACGAGGGCGAGUACCACUUCGUGGCGCACCGCAGCGUCCUGGCGGCGCACAGCGGCUACCUCAAGGCGCUGCUCGCGGCGACGGCCGCGGGCACGGCCGCUGACGGCGCGACGACAGCGGCUCACGACGGAGCCUCGCCGAUCAUCGCCUCCGUCGCCGUACCCUCCACCAUUGGUGGAGAGGCAUUCGCGCCCCUACUGAACUACAUGUACACGGGCCGCCUGGAGGUGACGCUCGACAACAUCUACACGGUCCUGCUGGCGACGCACUUGCUGCACAUGCCGGGGGCUCUCGAGGAGUGUCGAGCAGCUUUGCUCAGGCUUCGAGCCCCUCUGGCGGUCCCUCCGACUUCGUCCUCGCCUCCUCCUCCUCCGCCACUGUCAUCGCAGUCUUCGCAGUCUUCGCGGCAGCAGCCCCAGCCCGGCAGUGUGCUGAGACCCGUGCCGAAUCGUUUGCUGGGUCCGGCCUUCUGCUGGCCACCAGCCGCUGCCUCCGCUGGUCAUCUCUAUCCGCCCAGGCAUUUGGAACUGCCGCACUUGCCAGCUCUUCAGUUGCCGCCGGCCAUCUCGGUGCUGCCUGCUCCGAUCAUCCACAAAACAACGCUCCCUUACGGGACGAAGGAGUCAUCCGUAUCGCCGGCCUCCAGCGCUUCCCAGCAUCGUCGCUCGCGCUCGAGGUCGCGCUCGGCGAGUCCAGAGCUCGUGGUCGCCUCUUCCUCGGCAAGCUCGAUCACGCAUCGCAGCAGCAACAGCGAUGAUCAGCAGCCGACCGGCGGCAACGUAGCGCCUCGGCAGCCCAGUCCUUCGAUCAGCAGCGAACGCAUCUCGGUUGGCGACUCCGGCGGCAGCGUACAGCAGCUGCAGUCGCAGCCCAAGCGCCGCAAAACCUCUCAGCAGCAGCCAGGUAGCAGCGGGUCGAGACAGAGGCAGAACUCCCGUUCCGGGCGCAGUGGAAAUCCCGAGACAUCCUCGUCGUCUUCCAGAGCAGCGGGAAGCAGCGCUGGUACGAUGCAAACACCUGGGGUCGUCUACGACGUCGCUUGCUGCGACGGUCCCGUGAAGUUUCACCGGGUGCUGAAUGAAAAUUACGCGCCGCCCACUGCUCAGGCAUCAGCGGGACAACAGCACCGAUCCCUGGUACCUCAGUGCAACGGGCGUUCUGCUAACUGCCGCGACGUGGAUGUCGGGUCCCCGUCGCUGAGCAACUGUCGCGAGAACGACGAGAACGAUCGCCACCAGCUCGCCCAGCAAUCCUCCACCCCGAGCAACAGCAGCGCCAACAGCAAUAGCAGCAGUAACGCCGAGAAUCAGCAGCGGUCCGGCAACAACAGCGGCGGAGGUAGCUACACUUGCGGCUAUUGCCGUCACACCUUCAAGUCGCAGUACUGCUAUCGCAAGCACGCGAGUCGCCACUUGCUGCCGACCGACAGCGGCGAGGGCGCGGAGCGUCCGCUACUAGUCCAGCCGCCGAGGCAGACUCCACCGGCGCAGCCCGAGAGCAAGAAGCGCGAGGUGCGACUCUUGGAUCUGAACGUGCAGUACUAUCCCUGCAAGAUCUGCGGCAGCAAGUUCCCGAGCUACUACUUCGUGCACAAGCACCGCAAGCUCUGUCACGCCAACGUCGACGAGCAGCAGCAGCCGGAGUCACAGAGCAGAAGUUCCAGUGCCAACGGCUCCGUCGACGAGCCCGUGAAGACUGGGCAGCAGCAACAGCAGCAGCAGCAGCAGCAGCCGAGCACCAGUGAGAACGUGCAACAGCAGCAGCAGCAGCAGCAGCUCGCCUGAAACUUUCGACCCUGGGUGCGCGCGGACUUCCAACAGCAGGUGGACAAUCGUACCGACUAGUGAGGCGGGUCGCUGUGCUUUUGAAAGUGAUCCUACGCUGGCUGGGAAAAUUGCCGAUAUUUGUUGUGUCGCGCUCUGGGUCUGAAUAGAUAUUCAAUGCAAACAAUGCGAGACCGAUCGAUGGUGAGUGUAAAAAUAAUAUUAGUGUCGAGUGCGAAAACUCAAAAUGGUGAAUCGAACACUGAUUGUGAUUGAUAAUCUGUGUAGCGACGACGACCGAUUGUGAAUCGAGUCGUAAUUUUUCAUGUAAAAAAGGGACGACGAUGAAAAUCCUGUAUAUACACAACUGGAAUAAUAUAUCUGUUAUAAUAAACGAGUCAUCAAACCGCAA